CUAUCAAAUAAUCAUUCUACCUCUCUUCAUUUUUUUUGCUCUCUCUCUCUCUCUACCCCAAUCUCCGGCGCUAAGGACGUAACGGGAUGUUCUUGGCACCAUAACGCCGUUAAGUCUAAACCCGUUUCAACCAGAAACGGAGAAAAAAACAAAAAAGGAAAAAGGAAUAUUCCGUUUGAAUGGCUCUGGAACAGUUAGGAUUAGGAGUGAGCGCCGUUGACGGCGGGGGUGGAGAGAACAGUAGUGCGCCGUCUAAUGACGGUGGAGAUGACGGCGUUAAAACGGCGAGGCUUCCUCGUUGGACGAGGCAAGAGAUCUUGGUGCUUAUUCAGGGGAAGAGAGUGGCCGAGAACAGAGUCCGGCGAGGUAGAGCGGCGGGUAUGGCUCUCGGGUCGGGUCAAAUGGAGCCUAAAUGGGCUUCUGUUUCUUCUUACUGCAGGCGCCAUGGCGUGAACCGUGGGCCGGUUCAGUGCCGGAAAAGAUGGAGCAACCUCGCCGGAGAUUAUAAGAAGAUUAAAGAAUGGGAGUCUCAGGUUAAGGAAGAGACAGAGUCUUAUUGGGUUAUGAGGAACGAUGUUCGUAGAGAGAAGAAGCUUCCUGGUUUUUUCGAUAAGGAGGUUUAUGAUAUUGUUGAUGGCGCUGUGAUUCCUCCGGCGGUUCCGACUCUUGCUCUUGGAUUGGCUCCGGCGUCGGAGGAGGGCUUGUUGCCUGAUUUAGAUCGGCCAAAUGAGUUGAAUUCGACUCCGGUACCCAUAUCAGUUUCUGAUGUUGUAGACAAGGAGAAGCAAGAAGCUUGUAAAGCAGAUCAAGGUAGAUUGAAAGAGAAACAUCCAGAAGGAGCAAAUGUGGAAGGUGGAUCGACAUCACAAGAAGAGAGAAAGCGUAAACGAACAUCUACUAAUGAAAAAGAAGAGGAAGAAGAUGGAGAAGGGGAAACAAAGAAGAUGCAGAAUCAACUGAUAGAGAUACUAGAAAGAAACGGGCAGUUGUUGGCGGCACAGCUUGAGGUUCAGAAUUUAAACUUGAAACUAGACAGAGAGCAAAGAAAAGAUCACGGUGAUAGCUUAGUCGCUGUUCUCAACAAGCUCGCAGAUGCUGUAACGAAAAUCGCAGAUAAGUUGUAGAUAUUAGUAUAGUUAGUUGUAUAUCGAUCGCUUCUACAUUACUUCUUUUAUUUUUGUUUUUUCCAUUUACAACCAUUGGUGAUUGAAUAUUGAUGCCAACACGAGAGGCUCUUAUACACAUCUUGUAUAAACAUUGAGAUUUAUACGGUUUUAGGACAUCAGUUGUAUUUGUUUUACCCUUUAUAGACUGAUUUGGACA